CAAUCACAUAGCCGCUUGAUUUGUUUGUUCGUAGUUCAAGCGCGACAUCAUAUCCGGCUUGCUUUAUUACACGGACACGCCAUUAUUGACCGCGUACUUGGGCAAGUAAGACCGGUGUUACUCGAACUUUAUUAUCAAUAAAUUGUGAGAAACCGCUUGGUUUACUAUAAUGGCAGAUUACAACUCGUACGAGUCUAGCGGAGGAGGUGGCGGUGGCGGUUACGGCAAUUAUUCACAACCACCACCCUCGCUUGGUGGCAAUCAGGGCGGAGGAGGUUAUGGCGGACAGGCGUCAUCCGGCAAUUACGGAAAUCAAGGGGGAUCGUGGACUCAAAACCGCGAUAGCGGCGGCGGUGGUGGCGGCUACGGCUCUUCGCAAGGAGGCGGAGGUGGCUACGGAGGAAAUUCGGGCGGUUACAAUUCCGGAGGCGGAGGUGGUGGUUACGGCGGCUACAGUAGUGGCGGUGGAGGCGGAGGUGGAAACGGCUAUGGAGGGAAUGACAGUUACGGCGGAGGCGGUGGUGGAGGCUAUGGAGGGGGUGGGUAUGGAGGGGGCGGUCGUGGAUCUGGCGGCUUCAGUAGUCGUGGCGGUGGCGAUGAUCGCAAAAGUGGAGGGAUGAGAGGAGGCUUUGGCGGUGGGAACAGAGGUGGUUUUAAUAAAGGAGGCGGCAGUAGUGGAUCGGGCGAGAUGAUCGUGCAACAGGAUACAAUCUUUGUUUCUGGUAUGAAUACCGAUAUAUCUGAAGAGGAAAUUGCUGAACAUUUUGGAUCGAUUGGAGUUAUUAAGUUGGACAAAAGAACGCAGAAGCCCAAGAUUUGGUUAUACAAAGACAAAGCUACAGGCGCGUCAAAAGGCGAAGCGACAGUAACAUACGAUGAUACAAAGGCUGCCGAAUCCGCUAUUUCAUGGUUUGAUGGUAAAGAGUUCAAAGGGUGCAGUAUUAAAGUGCAAUUGGCCACCAAAAGAGAUAACUGGGGCGGCGGCGGAAUCGGUGGAAGACGUGGCGGAGGUGGUGGAUUCGGUGGCGGUGGCCCCAGACGUGGCGGCGGAGGAGGUGGAGGCGAUCGCGAUGGAGGUGGCGGUGGAGGAUUUAGAGACAGAGAGAGUAGGGAGGGCGACUGGCGAUGUCCCAGUGAAGAUUGCGGCAAUACUAACUUCGCGUGGCGCAACCAAUGUAAUCGAUGCAGUGCGCCUAAACCAGAAGGAGGUUCGGGCGGUGGAGGUGGAGGCGGCGAUCGACGUGGCGGUUCGUCAUUUGGAGGACGCGAUAGACGAGGUGGUGGGGGCGGCGGUAGAGGAGGUGGUGGUGGAUUUAGAGGAGACAGAGAUGGUGGUCGACCCAUGGGUGGCGGCGGAGGACGCUCUGGGCCACCAAGGGGCAGAGGUGGUUUUGGAGGUCGAGGUGGCAGGGGUGGAAUGGAUGGUGGUGAAGGUCGGGAUCGUCCUCAGCCAUAUUAGUUUUUGUAAUAUCUUACUUGGUAAUUUUUAGUCCUUAAGGAAAACCUAAUGUAUAAUUUUUUUUAUUUAAGUACGACUAGUAAAAUCUUUAAUAAUAAAUAUCUCUCGAUUUGUUACUGCA